GCAAUGGGUCUUCUCCCAAUACGAGUAGCCGUGCAGGGGCCGGAGUCGCUGAACCCCUGUUUCGUGCUCUCCAACACCAUUGCUGUUCUUCCCUCCAAUUCUUUCUGUUAGCUUGCUUUAUAGCUCUUUUUUUUUAUUUGUUUCUUUCCGAAAGACAAAGUUUCUUUUUUCAAUAUCGCCCAGUCUUUCUUCAGGGUAUUUCAGUACUUCUGCUUUUGGAGUAGAGAUGGCUAAUAGUCCUGCACCGUUUUCAGAGAUUGGCAAGAAAGCCAAGGAUCUUUUAAACAAAGACUACAACUUCGGCCACAAGUUCACUCUAUCGAUGUUGAGCGAUUAUGGAUUGGCACUAACGGCUACUGGUGUGAAGGGGGGUCAUUUUUUUUUGGGUGACAUAAGUACACAGUACAAGAGUGGAAAUGCUACAGUGGAUUUAAAAGUUGACACUGGAUCCAAUAUUUCAACAACAAUCGCUAUAAAUGAUAUCUUCCCCUGUACAAGAACGGCUCUCAGCUUCAAAAUACCUGAUCACAAGUCUGGCAAGUUGGAUGUGCAGUAUCUUCAUCCUCAUGCUGCUAUCAAUUCCAGCAUUGGCUUAACUCCAACCCCUUUUUUGGAGCUUGCAACAACCAUUGGGACCAAGGAGCUUAGUUUUGGUGGUGAAUUGGGGUUUGAUACUGCUUCUGCCUCCUUCAUCAAAUAUAAUGUUGGAAUUGGCUUGAACAAGCCUGAUUUCUCUGCUGCACUCAUACUGGGUGACAAAGGGGAGACGCUGAAGGCUUCUUAUAUUCACUUGGUGAAUCCAGUCACUGGAACUUCCAUUGCUGCUGAAAUGACUCAUAGGAUUUCAACCUAUGAAAAUAGUUUUACAAUUGGAAGCUCUCAUUCCUUUGAUCCUUAUACCAUCAUAAAAACAAGGUUCUGUGACAGUGGAAAGGUCGCAAUGCUUUGGCAGCGAGAAUGGAGACCUAAGUCACUGGUGACUUUUUCAGCUGAGUAUGAUCCAAAGGCUGCUGAUGUAUCCAAGUUUGGUCUUGCCUUAGCCCUGAAGCCCUGAGAAUGGUGUCAUCUGUCCCUUAUUCAAAUGAUUUGUUUUUCAUACUUUUAACAUGUGGUAAUUUUUUUGAACAUAGCUGGGUUAUUUUUUGUUUUUUGCCCAAAUUAUUUUCUGAAUUCAAGGAUUUAUUGGGUUAAGUUUGUCCUUUGGAACUAGUGAAGUUUAAUCUAGUUUUGGAGGAAGCUCAUAUAAUCAUACAAAAAACAAAAUAUUUCUGUAACCCAAAUUUGAAUCUAUUAUUAUCUAUCAAAAGAUAAGGAAAGUAUUAUUGAUUUGUUAUUGAU